AGCAUACCACUUACCGCUCGACGCAUUCCAAGUCGUCGCGAACGACGGUGGCAAAUCAAUUCAUUCAUUUGAUUGCCAUCCAUCGUCUUGUUUGCCACCUUCCUUCCUCCUAUAUAACCGAGAUCGCACUGCAUUUUGCAGCAGCACUCUCUCAUAGUGUCGCAUCCUCAGUUCCUCACUGCAUGUGAUCUCACUCACUAAUCGCACUCCAGAUCGAUCGAUCGCCUGCUGCAGCUGCCGCGCGCCGCUUCGUUCCAGUUUGCUGCGAGGAUCGAUGGAGUCAGGGACGUGGGCGGUGGUGGUGGCGAUCGCAGCCGCGUACCUAGCCUGGUUCUGGCGGAUGUCGCGCGGGCUGAGCGGCCCGCGGGUGUGGCCGGUGGUGGGCAGCCUGCCGGGCCUCCUGCGGCACGCCGAGGACAUGCACGAGUGGAUCGUCGCCAACCUGCGCCGCACGGGGGGGACCUACCAGACCUGCAUUUUCGCCGUGCCCGGCCUGGCGCGCCGCGGCGGGCUGGUCACCGUCACGUGCGACCCCAAGAACCUGGAGCACGUCCUCAAGUCCCGCUUCGACAACUACCCCAAGGGCCCCUUCUGGCACGGCGUCUUCCGCGACCUCCUCGGCGACGGCAUCUUCAACUCCGACGGCGACACCUGGGUCGCCCAGCGCAAGACGGCCGCGCUCGAGUUCACCACGCGCACGCUCCGCGCCGCCAUGUCCCGAUGGGUCUCCCGCUCCAUCCACAGCCGCCUGCUCCCCAUCCUCGCCGAAGCCCGCGACCCCGUCGACCUGCAGGACCUCCUCCUCCGCCUCACCUUCGACAACAUCUGCGGCCUCGCAUUCGGCAACGACCCCGAGACGCUCGCCCGCGGCCUCCCCGACAACGCCUUCGCCUCCUCCUUCGACCGCGCCACCGAGGCCACGCUCAACCGCUUCAUCCUCCCGGAGUGCGUCUGGCGCUGCAAGCGCUGGCUCGGCCUCGGCAUGGAGACCACGCUCGCCAGCAGCAUGGCGCACGUCGACCGCUACCUCGCCGCCGUCAUCAAGACCCGCAAGCUCGAGCUCGCCGACACCCACACCAACAAUGCCACGACGCCGCACGACGACCUCCUCUCGCGCUUCAUGCGCAAGGGCACCUACUCCGACGACUCCCUGCAGCACGUCGCGCUCAACUUCAUCCUCGCCGGCCGCGACACCUCCUCCGUCGCGCUCUCCUGGUUCUUCUGGCUCGUCUCCACCCACCCCGCCGCGGAACGCAGCAUCGUGCGCGAGCUCUGUGCCGUCCUGGCCGCCUCCCGCGGCGCCGAAGACCCUGCAUCGUGGCUCGCGUCCCCGCUCGCCUUCGAGGAGCUCGACCGCCUCGUGUACCUCAAAGCCGCUCUCUCGGAAACCCUCCGCCUGUACCCGUCCGUGCCGGAGGACUCCAAGCACGUCGUCGCCGACGACGUCCUCCCCGACGGCACCUUCGUGCCGGCGGGCUCCUCCAUCACCUACUCCAUCUACUCGGCGGGGCGCAUGAAGUCCGUGUGGGGCGAGGACUGCCUCGAGUUCCGCCCGGAGCGCUGGCUGUCGGCCGACGGCGCCAGGUUCGAGCCGCACGACUCCUACAGGUUCGUGGCGUUCAACGCCGGCCCGCGCAUAUGCCUCGGCAAGGACCUCGCCUACCUGCAGAUGAAGAACAUCGCCGGGAGCGUGCUCCUCCGCCACCGCCUCGCCGUCGCGCCGGGCCACCGCGUCGAGCAGAAGAUGUCGCUCACGCUCUUCAUGAAGCACGGGCUCCGGAUGGAGGUGCGCCCGCGCGACCUCGCCCCGAUCCUCGACGACCUCCACGUUGCCGCCGCCGCCGCCAUUGCCGCGUCGACGCCGGCCAUCGCGGCCUGCGCGUAGAAGAUCAUACUAUACUAUACGUGGGGUGACAUGCCGUGCAUGCUGCGCGUACGCUUCGUGCUAUAUGGGGAAGGGGACAAGCUCGAAAUGGCAAGAAAGAUGUGUAGAUAGAUGAGCCCAACACAGCAAGUAAUUAGUCGAGGGACUGGUCUCUGAGUUCAUUUAAAUCACCUAAUAAUAGCUCGAUCGGGAGGGAUAAAAGGAUCCGUCUAGAAAUAUCCAAAUCAGGUAUUCAUUCCGAAUAGGUGCAACAAUGGUGCUCCUCUCCGGUACUAUAGUUGAAACUGUAUGCUCCAAAAAUUCGUCUGGGCGGUUUGUGUUAAUGCGCCGCCGAUUGUUGUUAUUGAGAGUUUGCCUGUGCAAACCUGAAAUAAACACAUGUACGCGUCAGUGGAUUGAUUGCUUGUUUUCUGGAUGAACAGUCCAA